CGGAUCCCAACUGAACGUACGAUGGCCACGAUGGAGAAGGAGGUCUUGCUCCAAAUGCUUGAUAAGUUCCAAGAAGACCCGCAGUUCUGGAUCGUCGUCGCGGCGCUCAUCUGCAUCCCGCUUCUCGUGAUUUCGCUCCUCGCAGCUACAUCGCUCAUUCAAGGCAUCGACGAAAGCGACAAGUCCAAGAAAAACCAGUAGCACGCACGCACAAUCAACCAACCCCCCCCCUUCCCUUUGUCCCACGCGGCUCCACAAGCUAACAACUACUGCUACCUACUCGUGAUCUCUCCACCCACCUCGUGCCAACAUUGCCACACACUCCUCAUUCAAUCGUGUCCUCUUGCGUCUACUUUCUACAUCGUCAUCUAUGCAGA